AGAGUUCCUAGUGGAGAAGCAGUGUUCAGCUCUCUUGUUCUUCCCGACUGGCCCCCAGGCAGAGACUGGGCUCUGAAGGCCGGGAUUCCCCUUUGUCCUGAGCCCGUAGCUCGGGCUGGGUGUUAACUCGGGCCAAGGCAGGACCCGCUGGGCGAAGUCGGGGGCAGGGGAGGCUGACAGCUGAUGGCUCAGUCCACUAUGCCCCCCAAAUCUGACGUGUUGAGUCAAGAUGAACUGCGAAAAAAACUAUACCAGACGUUUAAGAAUCGGGGUAUACUGGACACGCUCAAGACACAGCUCCGAAACCAGCUGAUUCACGAAUUGAUGCACCCUGUGUUGAGUGGAGAACUGCAGCCCCGGUCCAUUUCAGUGGAAGGGAGUGCCCUCUUAAUAGGCGCUUCUAACUCUCUAGUGGCAGAUCACUUACAAAGAUGUGGCUACGAGUAUUCACUCUCUGUUUUCUUUCCAGAAAGUGGUUUGGCCAAAGAAAAGGUAUUUACUAUGCAAGAUCUAUUACAGCUCAUUAAAAUCAACCCUGAAUCCAGUCUCUACAAAUCACUGAUUUCAGGAUUUGAUAAAGAAAACAAAGUUGCUCUGCUGUGGCUGUUACCUACGUAUGUCCGUGGGAGGAGUUCAACAUUUCCUAGCAAAGACUCUCUUGCAGAAAAGCUUCAGCUCAUUGAUGAUCAGUUUGCGGAUGCUUACCCUCAGCGUCCCAAGUUAGAAUCUUUAGAAAUAAAGUUAAAUGAAUAUAAGAGAGAAAUAGAACAGCAGCUUCGGGCAGAAAUGUGUCAAAAGUUGAAGUAUUUUAAAGAUACCGAAAUAGCAAAAGUUAAAAUGGAAGAGAAGAGAAAGGCUGAGAGAGAGUUAGCUGAGUUCCGGAACGAACUGGAGCGAGCUUGUCAAGCAAAAUCUGAAGCCCUCAUUUCUCGGGAAAAGAUGGCUCUUGAGAGAAUUCAAAAGCACCAAGAGAUGGAAACCAAAGAAAUUUAUGCUCAGAGGCAGCUUCUACUAAAAGAUAUAGAUUUGCUAAGAAGCAGAGAAGCCGAGCUGAAGCAACGGAUCGAAGCUUUUGAAUUGACUCAGAGGCUGCAAGAGGAAAAAAAUAAAAGCCUAACUGACACACUUAGGAAGCGGGAACUGAAUAUAAAGAGCCUUGAGGAGAGCUAUGACCAGAAGCUCAAGAAUGAACUUCUCAAGUAUCAACUUGAACUAAAAGAUGACUAUAUCACCAGAACGAACAGGCUGAUUGAAGAUGAAAGGAAGAAUAAAGAAAAAGCUAUACAUUUGCAAGAGGAGCUCACAGCUAUUAAUACAAAAAAGGAAGAAUUUAAUCAUUCAGUAAAUCGUGUCAAAGAGCUUGAGCUUGAGUUAGAAUCUGUCAGAGCCCAGUCUUUGGCAAUAACAAAGCAAAACCAUCUGCUGAAUGAAAAGGUGAAAGAGAUGAGUGACUAUUCGCUACUGAAAGAAGGGAAACUGGAGCUUCAGGCACAAAAUAAAUUACUUAACCAACAACUGGAAGAGACUAGAAAUGAAAACUUGCGUCUCCUAAACCGUAGAGCUCAGCCAUCUCCUGAGCUGGUGGUUUUUCAGAAAGAACUAAAGAAAGCCGAACAUGCCAUCGCAUUUGAGCAUAAGGAGUUCGAAAGCCACAGGCAGGCUCUGCAAAAACAGCUGCAAAGUGAAAUUGAACAUUCUGCACAGCUGAAGGCCCAAAUACUUGAUUAUGAUAACUCUGUAAAGAGGUUAACUCUGCAGGUUGCCGAUUUGAAAUUGCAACUGAAACAAACCCAGACAGCGCUCGAGAAUGAAGUAUACCGCAACCUGAAGCAGUCUCUGAUCAAUCGUUCCAUCGAUGGACUGCUGAAUGGCAAGAUGGUGGUGCCUCAUAAUAGGGAUAUAAGCGGGGAUUUCUUGAAAAAUCCUCUCGACCAGGAAAGGCUGAUGGCGGUUACACCAAGGAUCAUAAAUUAUCCAAAUGCAAGCACAGAGAGUAGUUCCCCCGAUUCCGACCUUGAGUUUGUAGCCAAUACCAAAGCAAGAGUGAAAGAGCUAGAGCAAGAGGCCGAACGUUUGGAGAAAGCUUUCCGAAAUUACCAUCGAAGAGUUAGUCAGCUCCCCGCUAAACGCCCCUUCGCAGCCAACAGCCAGCCACCCCUGCACUUGCUAGGGACACUCAACAGCAUCACUUCGAGUUCGCCCCAAAGACGCACUUGUGCCGAGGACAGAGUUGUCUCUGAGCCUCCGGUGGGCACCCCCGAAGAGGACAAGAGCAGCGCCUCGCGGCCACGCAGGAACACCCCCUCCAGACGCCUCUCCUCCACUCCUGUUCCCAAAGCAAAAAGGAGCCUCGACAGUGAAAUGUAUCUGGAAGGUCUGGACCGAUCCCACGCUGCUGGCCCCAGUCCUUGUCCCGACAGAACACCCCGGCCUUCACCCGCUGAGUCCAGGCACAGCCCUUCCGUCCACCCGCUGCCCAGCUCUCCAGAGCAGGCCAGAAUUCAAGUGAUUAUCAGCAAGCCAGAUGCAGGGAGUGCAACGAGGCAGUUUGAAGCGGACGGCCUCCAUCCUGCUGGCGACAUGCCUCACGUGGAUGCUGCUGCGGCUGCCAGACCUAUGUCCUAUCACUACCCGAGCGUAGAUCAGAAACAAAUGGCAGAACAGAAGGAAGAAGAACAAAUAUGGGAAGAGCACAUGAAAGAACGCAGGCAGAGAGAAGAAAGAAGGCAGAAUGAGCGGCAAGAGGCUUUAGAAAGGGAACGAAGAGAACUAGAAAAAUUGGAUCAGGAGCAGAGGAUGAUUGAAGAAUCAUUGAAGAUUGAAAUGGAAAAAGAAUUAGAAAUGAGUGUUGAAGAAAUGAAAGACAAAUCUGUUUGUGGUGAAAAUCCUUUGGAGAAAUACAUGAAAAUUAUUCAGCAGAAUCAAGACCAGGAGGCAGCAGAUAAGAGUUCAAAGGUUGGCAGAGAAGCCUCAGAAGUGGACACAGUGCCAUCGAGCGACAAAGACGAAAGUUUCACGGGCUUUUCUCAUGAAGAAACAGAUGACUUUUGGUAACCAUGUUUGCUGUCCAGCAUCUUACCCAUAUAAUGUAACUGAAGGCCUAUGAAUUCUCUGUAACUACAGAUUCUCAAUAAAAAUGUUAUGUGUAAUCCCA